GGAAUCGCCGGGGCUCCCCCUCACGGCACUGCCCGGCCCCGGGGGCGGGCUCGGUGUCCGGGGGGCUGAGGGGGCGGAGGGGCCGCGGGUUUCCGUGCCCCGCCUUCCGCCGCCCCUUGUCGGGGGGCUGGGGUAGUGCUGGGUCCCUCUAGGGCGGGCCUGGGGGAAUUUGGGUUUGGGAGCCCCACCUGCACCCCCAGUCAGCGUCUGCUGAGCCCUGUGGGUGCAGGGAGCUGCUCGCGCCUCUGGUUUUGGCCUCCUUGUUAAUCCUCAGGCUCCUCUGUGUCCAUCCUGUCGUGUGGAAUCAUUGUGGGGUUUGUGUCUGAAUUGUCGCCGUGACUUCUCUGUGAUUUCUUUGAUUUUAAACAAUCAUUUCUUCGAGAAAAGGACCUGGCGUUAAUUGGAUGAGAUAUUUUUAAAUAAAGUCGUAGGGUAGGGAAGUUAAGGAUUCAGCCUUCUAAAACAGACUUUCGUGGCCUUUUCCGGUUGACUUCUUGUUGGGAGCUGUUUCACGUCCAUUUAUAGUAUAGAAGCAGCACUCUGGGCUGUCCUUAAUGUACUUUCCAGGGAUGUUCUUGUAGCUGAAGUUGCUUGCACUGGAUAGAAAGAGAUGGCUGAUGUUUUAUGUGUUGGAUUUUGAAUGAAUUUUUAUGUCUGUUUCUAUGAAAUAAAUGUUCAUGCCAAAAAUUUAUAGUUAGUGUGCAGCAUGAGGGUUCUGGAAGCAAAAACUCUUCCUAGAGCAAGAGCCUGGUUAUAAUUUAUUUCUAGUUUUCCUUGUCGUCUUCUCUGAAAAACACAAUUUUAAAACGAAGGGAUCACUUCUUACUGUGGUUUUUUAUCUACUGCAAUUUCCAUUCACAACUCAAAAUUAUGUAAAGCUUACCAUGGUAACAGUACAUUCAUUUGAGAUUCAUAACACAGAUAGUGUCUCUUGGGCUACAGAACUCUGCAGCAUCUUUAUCAGGUCACUGCUUCCAGCUGACUUGUCUUACAAAGGGAUCGGGCGGCGACAGGUGUGCUAUCAAGUGGUGGAAAUCCAGUCGCAUUCUGAAACAAGCUCUGCUGAUUCUUUCAUCAAACUCUCACUACUCUAAUACACUCGUUAAUGUGAAGUUAUGAUCCUUCAGCCUCCAACAGUUGGAUUUGCCUUUUCUGACAGUAAAAGUGUUUGUAAUUGCCUUUCCAUGUAGAUGUGGAUGGGCAGUGACAGAAGCAUGUCCUACCCUUUUGUUACGGAGAUUAAAAAUUUGGGGGGAUGGCCCCUAUUCUGUCUCAAUAAUAUUUCUGAGAAAUUCUAUACAACAUACUUCAUCUACUAGAAAUAUUUUUUUUUUCUUUUAGUGUUUCCUGUACUCUUUCCAGUAGUGGUUUAAUUUUGAUUCUGAUUAAUUGAAAUGUUCUGAGUUACUUCAGAGUCUUCAUACAAUCAAUGAAACAGAGGAUGAGGCAAUCCUUUUGCCUCAAUCAGUGUUGCAUUUAAAUAUAAUGCACUUGUCUAGAAAGUUGUUCUGGCAUUCCUUUGGUGCAGCAGACAGCUCAUCAGACCAGACUUUGAACUCAAAGCAAAAUCCACAUCUUCAUGUCUUCUCUCUUGGUUGGCUUUUGUUUUGGAGAGGAUUUAAAAAAAACCAAACAAAACAACAAUCAACCAAACAAAACAUACAAGGCUGCUUUGUUAAGCAUCGAAACAUUGAGUUUCCUUUUCACAAUUGCUAGCAAGCAGUGUACCAAUAGAACUGCAAAGGCAGUUUUAGUGUAUUUUUGGCAACAUAGAUUUACUCUUGUGUGUUCUCACUCUGAACUGUCUUCCCAGCCUCCCAGAGGGUCCACUCUGUUGCUGCUCCUGUCUCUACCACCCAAUUCUCUUCCAGCACCCUGAAAAUACCAAGCUAUCCCCCUGCUCCAAAAAACAGAGGAGAGACCUUGCAGCAGUGAGCAAAUAUUUCCCAUCUGACACCCCAACAGCAUGUGAAAUCAAUGGAUAUCUCCAGAGCGGGCAAGGAAAACGAUUAUAUUGAGGUGUACACAGAUCCUGGACCUUUUUUUUAAUUGAAUAAUCUGUAUCCUGCUGACCAAGAAACCAAUUUUGAGUUCUCCUUUUUUGUUGUGGUGGUCUUUUUAUCCUUCCCCAUUGGAAGAGCUCAGUAGUGGCUCCCUGUUCACUUCAAUGUCAGUUUGCUGCUAAUGGGUGUAAGUAAAUUAGAUGUCUUAUACAGAAAGCUCCUCCUCACUAAACUUUUCAUCAGAGGAUGGGGAAAGCCAGAGGAUCUGAAAAGAUGUCUUGAAAGUAAGAAAAAAAUAAUAUUUGAAUUCAGAAAGAUUAUUGGAAACAGGGAAACAUGCCAGACUCUGGUUUCAAAAGAUUAUCCAGUGUUUAUUGACAAGGUUGAGGGGCAAUCCGACUGUAAAAUCCUUGAGGGGCACUUCAUUUCCCCCUUGGCACAUUGUGUCCCAGGUAUACUGCCAGUCGAAUCUCUUGUAGCAAGAUUUCAGUUCAUCAUACCCAGAAGAUGGAACAGCAAGCACAGACCUGUGUGCAUUCAUUUAGCGGGCACUGGAGAUCAUCACUUCUGGAGGAGACGGACACUAAUGGCAAGGCCAAUGAUUAAAGAAGCCUGUAUGGCUUCCCUGUUGCUAGAAAACCCUUAUUAUGGCUGUAGAAAACCUAAGGAUCAAAUACGGUCAUGUUUAAAAAAUGUCUCGGACCUGUUUGUGAUGGGAGGAGCUCUAAUUCUAGAAUCGGCAGCUCUUUUGCACUGGCUAGAGAGAGAAGGCUAUGGACCGCUAGGGAUGACUGGAAUAUCCAUGGGAGGACAUAUGGCUUCACUGGCAGUGACAAAUUGGCCUAAACCAUUGCCAUUGAUUCCGUGUCUUUCCUGGUCAACAGCUUCUGCAGUCUUUACUACGGGUGUGUUGAGCAAGGCAGUGAACUGGAGAGAGCUCGAGAAACAGUAUUUUACACAAACUGUUUAUGAAGAAGAAAUAAUUCAAAUGCUUGAAUACUGUGGAACAGAUUCUUUCAAGAUGGGACAAGAUUUUGUUAAAAACUUCCCUGACAGUGUGCACAGUCUGGAGGAUAUGGAUGUUACCUCCAGGAUGUUCAACCUUGAGUCCAUGAGCACUGCUGUAUCUAAAGAAGCUGUUCACAGCUUUACUGCAAAUAAAAGUACUCUAAGUGCCUCUUCAGAAAGACUCUUAAUACAAGAUGCUCCUAAAAUGCAGUGCAUAAAUCAAACAUUUUCAACCAGUAGCAGUAGCAAUAAAAACUUAACCGGCCCACAAGGAUGCAGGAUAAAUACAAGAAGAAAGAGUGACACUUUACAGAGAGAAUCCAUAAGGUUCAUGAAAGGAGUAAUGGAUGAAUGUACCCAUGUAGCUAACUUCUCAGUUCCAGUUGACCCAAGUUUAAUCAUAGUUGUACAAGCCAAGGAGGAUGCAUAUAUUCCUCGUACUGGGGUGCGCAGUCUUCAGGAAAUCUGGCCGGGGUGUGAAAUUAGGUAUCUGGAUGGAGGUCAUGUCAGUGCCUACCUCUUCAAACAAGGACUCUUUAGACAAGCAAUUUACGAUGCGUUUGACCGGUUUCUUCAGAAAUACGCUGUUUGAAAAAUCUUCAUAAUGCGUUCAAACUGAUCUCAUUUGUAAUUCAGUGUACUGGAACUCGUAUUUGGAAAACAAGCUGCUUGCAACAUUGAGUAGCCACUGACUUUGGCUGUUGUAGGUAACAAUAACUGGAAAUGGUGAAGUACCAGCAUUACUUUCAUUUCAACCCAGUGCCAUUCUGACACAGCUGCUUCAGCAUUACCUGUGAAAAAUCAAUGGCAGCAUUUGUCAGCAUUCAUGUACUUUGUGUCUAAUCAGGUUGUGUAUUCCUUGAAUUCUGAAUCAAUUCUGAAUUGUGUGUCAGUGGAAAAUAGACCAGUCUAAGUAUUGAAAGAAUGUAAAAUGUGCUGUACGGCUAAGCUGCUCUCUUGUGUUUAGUGUGUUUCUGGUUUGUUCCAUAUGCCUUGGUUUCCUCUUGCUUCCUUGUGCCCUUGCUACUCCCAUUGUGUUUUACUACAGCUUUGCCAGUGCUCAGCCUCGUGUGUUUGUCACUGGUUUUCUCUUCAAUUAUGAAUUGAAAAUGAGCUGUAAUAGGAGGGGCAGCAUCUAAUCUUGCAAAAAGAGACUGUGACAAUUCAAUGAAAAGUGAGAGAGAGACGUUUUCAUUCAAUACAUCCUUGAAGUUUUUCUGCCACUGAAAUAACCGUGCCGUUCCAGAAGGAUCAUGUAGCAAUUCAUCAGUCAGGUUCACAAAACUGGAAUAAGUGAAAAUCAACUGUCUGGUUAUUAAUUCUUUACAUUAAUUCAGUUGGAUAACAAAAAUUUCUAGUUUGUUUUUUUUUUUUUAAAGAAUGGUAGAAGAGAUAGAGAUUUCAUCAUUUACAGUGGCUGCUUUUAGGCAGUUAAAUCAACAGCAGAUUAUAUGGUGCUAUGAAGACCUGCUGGGAAUAUUUCAACAGAAGUCCUUUUUAAAGUACACUCAGUGCUGAUAUGCAAAAUACACUUUCAUUGUAUAAUUUUAAAAAUACAUGAGACUAAAUGUUUUUAAAACAGUUAGGUUUGCUCCUUAUUUUUCAUCACUUGGGUUUUUUUAAAUCAAUGGAAAAUAAUGAAAUUCGGAUCUUGAACACACUUAAGAAAAAAGCCUCUUUUGGGAUCAAAAAUGCCAACAAAGUACACUAUCAUAUAAGGUUGUCAUGUAGUGACCGUAUGUGGUAUCUCUCCAUGUCUUUUUUUGUGGUAAUCUCCUGCAACAUUCUCUUAAAGCCAAUUCGCAGAGAGGUGGAAAACUGGAACACUUCAGUAUUAAUUUUAGUACAGUCAUGACCAGGGUUACACUGAAACAAAUUGAAAAACCCAGCCAUUUCUUAGGAUGUUCAACUUCUGCACCUUUCCAAUCAAGCACUUUUGAUCUCCAUGGUUAGUGUGAAGAUUUUUAGUAGGCAGAGUAUGGAGCAAACAAAGCUCGGUUUAUAUAUUUUCUUGAAUUUUACUCUGACAGGACUAAUAACUGUGAAGAAGUCAUGGUUCACUUGAAAAUCAGGUAUGUUUAGGUAAAACUGAAGAGCAACAAUUCACAAUAACCCAAAUUAUUUAAGAUACAAAUUUACUGAAAAUGCAAAAGAAGUUCUGCUCUUUUGGAAGUGAAAUUGCUUCUCUCAAGGGGUUUUUCAUAAUUUCUUUGGACAGCGUUGGCUUUGUAUAUAUUAGGAGCAAGUGUGAAGUGACUAACAUGGUUAAAUACAAAAUAUUGUAAACACCAAAUAUUGGAGGGUUUGAAUUCAAAUAUAAGUAAGUUUACAAAUUUAAAAUUGGCAGCUUGAAUACUGUACUAAGAGAUUUACAGGGUUUACAGUUUACAGGCUCAUUCAUCAACUAAGAGUGCUUUACAAGACUACUCUGCUGUUCAGCAACUUUUGUAGCUCUCACAUUUUAAAUGUAAUUGUGUGCUUUUUGUCCUGUUUCUGUUGCAGCUAUGAGAAAGGGAGAUAUGUGGUGGCAAGGGAAAGGGCUUGAAUAAAUGCAAGAGAGAAAAGACAGAUUUUGUAAAGGCCAGGAGUAAGCACAAAAAAAAAUCAACUACGCUACAAAGUAUAACAUGCCAAAGUAAAUAUUUUCAAAGCGCACAAUACUGGGAAUUACACAACUGAUGGGAACUUGACAUCCUGAGGUUAGUGUUCCAAUGGUAUUAGUAACAAGGUUUAACUUAUCCAAAGGUCAUUCUAUUCACAGAUGAAGAUUUAGGCCAGUGCCACUCCUGGUUGUGAGUGUGUCUUUUGGGACAACUAGUGAAAGACUGGUUUCUGACAAGAAUGAGAAAUCACACUUUGCUCUGUAGCUAAAGUCGUGUUGCCAAGUAUGUAAGCAUUAUUUAAGAAAUUUCUCAGGUUAGAGUAGCAUAAAGGAAAAAGGAGCUCUGUGAUCUGUUUCUGCCAGUUAUCAGACACAGGGAGCUAUUAGGUGGUCUGUGAAGGGGGGAAUCUUGCUGUGUACGUGUUUUUAACCUUUGGGAAAUUGACUUUUUAAACCAGAUUUUAAGGUUAAAGCCUAAGAAAGUAUAAAUAAUCCAUUUUGAUGUUAAAAGAGAAUGUGAUUUUAAUCCAGCAAUUGCAUGAGGGAAAUACUGGAAUCAAAUUCCUGCACUAAAUCCAUGUAGCAGGUAAGCCGUUCUGUAUGUCUUAAACUUAUUGUAAAGCUGGCCUUGGUGAUUUUUUGGUUUUAAAGUUUUUCAAUAAAAGUCCUAAAAAACCAGU